AUGGAUGCGGCCACUCUCGAGGCGUUCCUCGAUACGCCAGCCAUGCCAGCUCCUGAGGGCGUGACUCCAGUUUUCGACAACCCGCCCAAUCAGAACUCUCUUGGUAUUACUGUUCUGACAGUUUGUCUGGUGAUUUCGACGGUUUGCGUCUGCCUACGAGCGUAUGCGAGAGUCUACCUGUUGAGAAAAGUUCAAGUCGAAGAGAUUUUGAUUUUCUCUGCUUAUGCCGUUUUCAUCGCGCAAAUGUACGCUGGCUAUGCGCUGAUCGCACAGCCGGGUUAUUUUGUUCACCAAUACAACCUCAAGAUGAGGGACAUGGUCCAGCCAACCUUCACUAUCUUACUCAUGGGCUGCUUCUACCAAACUGUUCUCCCGCUUUUGAAGACUGCCAUUCUGCUCGAAUGGUGUCGUCUACUUACGCCGCCUGGUAAUAGAUGGAAGUCGUUCUUCUGGUUGGGAUGCGUAGGCGUUAUAUUUAUUCAAGUCAGUUUCGGGAUCGCCUGCGUGAUCCUGCUUAACAUGCAAUGCACGCCCCACGUAUCCAUCUGGGAGUUCUGGCGACCGGAGCGGAAGUGCUUUGACCUGAUCUCCCUCCAGCUAGCUAGUGGCUCCAUCCAGCUCUUCAGUGACGUCGCCAUGUUGCUACUUCCCCAGAAGACUAUCUGGACCUUGCAAUUGAGCUGGCAGAAGAGAUUGGGUGUGAGUGUUGUCUUCGGCUUGGGUGUAUUCGCCUGCGUUUCAGCAGCGGUUCGUCUAUCUGUCACUGUCACCUUUGGCUACAACCCCGAUCAGAUGUAUGCGCUUGGUCCUUUGGUAUUCUGGGUAGAUGCUGAAAGCACAUGCGCUUUCUUCAUCGUCUGCAUGCCAUGUCUUCCGAAGAUUCUUAGGGAACAAGGUAUCAUACAUAGGAUCAAGAAGGUCUUAGGUAUGAAGCUUACCCAACAGGGUCUGAGCUACGGUGGAGACUCCAAAGCUGCCAAGUAUGGAUACGGUAGCAAGUACAGCACCGGGGACUCGUAUAGGAAGCUGGACGAAGAACGUGGCGGCGUUCCUCUUGGCGACAUGAAGACAGAGAGCACAGAGCGACUCAGGCGUCCAGAGGAUGCUGAAGGAAAGAUUGUCAAGACGACCCAGGUCACCGUCCAGGUUACUGCGGAUACACCUGCGGAGAAUGACACCAAGUCACGAGGCAGGAUCGGCGGCCAACCCGUUCAUGGGAGUUGGUAUAACUAA